CCGGCCUUCUUUUUCUUGGUGGUUAAAAAUUCUUAAUCUAAAUCCAGGUUUGGUUUGAGGGCUGGUGUUCUAGCGCAACGCGCGAAAAGAAAAAGAAAAAAACAAAAUAAAAGAAUUGUCUUGGACUUGUUUAGCAUUAUAUUCAUCAAAACAUCUCUAGAUCUCUAUUCAACCAUGAGUUCGAAAAAAUGUUGCUGUUGCUGCUGCCUCCUUCUCUUAUUAUUUUUCAUCGUGGGCCUGAUUGUUCUUUUCGUGCUUAAAGAAAAAUUAGGGCCGUCGUUAGAAGCGCGCUAUAAGGUGACGGAUGCCUCAUUGAGCCAGUUUAGCAUGGGGUCUGGCAACAACCUAGAAUACAAUCUAGCCGCCAACAUUAGUGUUGAAAAUCCUAACAAAUAUUCUGACUACAGAUAUGAAAAAUUUAUAGCUGUUCCCUCUUACGGUGACGAGGAUUUAAAUGAAGUUUCUUUGAGCUCAUUCGAAGUAGCGAAGAAGAACACAUCUGCAUUGACACCUCUAGUGUUCAAAGGGCAGAAAUCGGUGUCUCUUAAGGGCGAUGCAGCGUCCAACCUUAAGAGUGGUUCGGUUUUCGAAAUCGUUUUGAAGCUCAAGAUUAAGGUUAUGAGCAGAGCUGGUAAGGUUGAAAUUUACAACGAGUACAAGGAAGAAUGCAAAUUGAAGGUUCCCUUGUUGAAUUCCAAGGAAAAAGCUUCUGAAAAAUUUGAGAGUACAGAUUGCAAAAAGGUUGGAAGCACUAGUUCGGGGAUAAAGGUGUGAUUUGUACAUUUGAGUCAUCUCAAGACCUCGUGGAAGAUUAUUGGGCAGGGGAUUUUUAGAACACGGUCUACAAGAGGUUUUGUGAUCUUUAGAAUAGGUGCUUAGUCUUAUUACCAACCACAACAGCAGAAAUGUGUACAAUCUGCAUGUGUUUCUUCCUCAUCAAGUUUUCAUGGCUCUGGUUAAGCACAUAUAGAGAUUAGAUUCUCAUUUAUUAAAUGAAAAAAGUUAUUCUCAAGGAGGCUCAUCUUGUGUUGGUUGCUACUCAGUUUGUAUGGCGUAGGGACUUAUGGUGGUCUCUUCCUCCAUCAGACUUAUGUACUAAAGAAUCGUUGUUCUCUUCUGAUAAUGAGUGUAGGAACAUUACUUUUCUCUAUAAAGUUUUUAAUUAUACAA